AUGCCGGUUGUGUUGGGUGCCGCUUCGGCUUUUACUUCACGUCGAUUAGCCCUUUAUGGUCUUGCAUCAACGAUUGCCGCUAUUGCAAUCACCUUUAAUGCUUUUCGACAAAGGCCAAACUUUUAUUCGGCAACGGUGAUGCUAGGUGGUAGCAAUGGCUGUAUGAUGGUAUUGAUAAACUUUGGUUUGUUUUUGGCUUUAUGCUUCGGGAAAGUUUGUCAAAAGGUCUUCUUUGGUCCUUUACGUGCAGUGGAAGUAGAACAUUUACAUGAACGUUUAUGGUACGCAAUCACAGAAACUCUACUAGCGAUGACAAUUUUCAGAGAUGACUUCGAUUCAAGCUUUGCAAUCUUGUUUGGAACAUUACUUUUCUUGAAGGUCUUCCAUUGGCUUAGUGCCGAUCGAGUGGAAUAUAUGGAACAAUCACCUUCAGUCGGACGCUUAUUCCACGUUCGUAUGAUCGCCAUCUUAUCGAUGUUAUUCGAAUUCGACCUUUUCUUAGCAACAUUUGCUGUAGAAGUUCUGAUCAUCGACAAGGAAAGAAAGGGUAUCAUGAUUAUGUUUGCCAACGAAUUUUUCAUCUUGGGCGCUACACUUUGGUCAACUAUUGCCAAGUAUCUUAUCAAUUGUCAAGAUAUGCGUUCAGAAGAGCCAUGGGAAGCAAAGAGCAUGUAUGUGUUCUUUGUUGAUUUGAUCACAGACUUUCUCAAGCUGGCCACAUACAUUGCAUGCUUCUGUUUGAUACUCAGCUACUAUGGUGGAUUACCGCUUCACAUCUUCCGCGACGUAUAUGUGACAGGUUUGUCCUUUUUCAGUCGCUUACGUGAUUUUAUGAAAUAUCGAGCAGCAACGAGAAAUAUGGACACACGCUUCCCAAAUGCAACGCAGGCCGAUUUACGUAGCAUGAGCGAUGGUACAUGCAUCAUUUGUCGAGAAGAAAUGGUCGCAGAAGAAGCAGGCGGGGACGAUCAAGGGGAAGCUCCAGCAGAAGGAAGACGACCCACUCCUACGGUCCCAGCUUCCGGCAGCUCUGGUCUCAAUGAGACACCUAAAAAACUUCCAUGUGGGCAUAUCUUUCACUUUCACUGCUUACGUUCAUGGCUGGAGAGGCAACAAAGCUGUCCGACAUGUAGGCGAACUGUA